AUGCUUCGUUCUCAGCUUUUAUUACUAUUAACCAUUUCACCCUUUGCUUACGGUCUCAUUGGGAGAAUGAAGAAUGUAACGGUAACGGGUGAACUAAAUUGUGGUCGAAAUUAUUAUUCCAAUGUGAAAGUUGAACUUUGGGAGGCGGAUACUGUAGGUCCGGAUGAUAAAUUGAAUACAACAUAUACGAACGACUUGGGUCAAUUCAAGGUAUUUGGCCAGGCAAGGGAAUUACGAAAUAUCGAGCCUUAUUUAAAACUACAUCAUUACUGUCAGAAUGGAGGAGUUCAUGAUGUGAGAUGCGAGGUAGUUGAUCGUUUCGACGUACCGAAACAGUACCAAGGCAAAGUGUACAAUCUUGGCCUAGUCGAUUUAUCCAUUGCUACCAAGAAGCGAAAAACGAAGUGCCACUGA